UCCGCCAAUCCACCCCCACAGCUUCUGAAUAUCAAAGAUGUGCCAAGAUGCCAUCGAUUGUUUCCAUGUGCUCCAGGCGAAUUGGCUCCUUCCUCAAGAAUCAAGAUGUGGCCCUGGCGCCGUGCCUGUCACCAUGUCGCAACGUGCCGGUGAGACGGUGAGCUACCUCUUCUCACCAGCACCAUCAAUGGCUUCGUCGCGCCGUAUAUGCUGGGUCACAACGACAAGGUCAACAGACGGGGCCUGGAUCAACACUGACAAGACCCUCCCGGCAAGCCUCUUCAGCAGCAAGAAGAAGGAGCGCAGGAAGGUCGGCCUUUCCGACGUCGGCACUGCACCAAGAAGAAGGAGCGCAGCAAGGCCGGCGUCUCCAGCGUCGGCACAGGAGAGGAGAUGGUGUACUGAGGUGAUUCUUGAAGUAGAUCAGUCUGCUGCUGUUACUGGAAGGCUGGAAGCCAGUGGUUCAGAACCUAUUCUCCAUCUGUUAUUUUCAUCACAGAACCACCUAAUCGCAUUUAGGGAGGGGAGGCAAGCCACUUGGGGUUAUGUUCUCCUGUCUUCUCAGCUACUAUGUUCCUGAGCCGCGAUGGGAAGACUAGCACGGCUGCUCCCAUGUUGCCAGGCCCAAUAUACAUGGACCCUGCAAGAAGCGGCAACUUAACUUCAGCGAUGAAAGAAUUGACCCUCUGCUGCACUAAUCCUUCCAAGGGAACAACAUCGCUUGCAACAUGCUAUUUUCCUAUACGCAGUUGCAGAAUCCAAUCUUCCAACGUCCAGAUAUGUUUGAGGUAAUGUGCAACUAGAACACCUAUAUAUCUCAUUGAAUACGGCAUGUUUAAACCGUGACUAAAAAAUGUUGUGUAAUGGAUACAUCUUAUUGUGUAUGGGGCCAAUCUAUGAAAUGUCAAAGUGCUCUCAACUUUCAGUUUAGAUACUUCCACUGGUGUACUAUGUUCGCUUCCAGCAUAUACGCAACUUUCUGUGUUUUUGAUGGAAAGGUUUGUCUACAUGUAUGUGUAUUCCCUAUACAAUUUGCUGUUAAUCGAAUCAAGCUAGCACCUAGCUUUCAUGUAUCCUGCAGUUUGUUCUAUACCCUCACUGUGUCAUCCAUAGAAAGUUGAUUGUUGAUUGUUUAAUACUCUUAAUAUGUCCAUGGCAGGUGGAAAAACAAGGAAAUUAAGAAAAGGUUGAGCAAUAUCAGUUGAUAACCUCCUUUUGAAUAACAUCGAGAUGCAGUGCCUUGUGGUGUUCAUCACCCACGGAUGGGUGAUAGGAGUUCCAGCAGGUCUCUCUAGGAUGGAUAAAGAAUGUUUGUUUGGUACUUGCUUUCUUGCAUCUCGCACUCCAUGGCAGUGAUUUUUUUUUAAAAUCUGCGUAGACAUAACAAGCUCAAAAGUGAGUUUUCAGCAGGCUACCUGUUGCAUGAUUACAACAAGGCUCUGCCAUGUUAAAUCUAAAUAUCAGUGGGUUUCUUACCUGCAGAUUUUUCGACAGAGUUGGCAAUGAAAGUCGAGGUGAUUAAUUAUAUGUUUGGAAAAAAGGCCACAGCUUGCUAAGUUGGUCAUAUCAUCUUCAAUUCGGGGUUGCUUCUAAUUCGCAAUUUUUUUUUUCUGGAUUGCUUCUACUUUCUGAAGGAAUACCAUGUAGUCCAAUUAUGGUAGAUGUGGGAACAAAACUGUAACUUCCUAGAGAUAUAAACUUUCAGAAAGUGCAGAAGCUGCCUUCCAGAAUACUUACAUAAGACGACCAGAACACCUAUGCAUUGCGUAAUAUUUGUGUGUUCUCUUUGUUUAGCUGAACUGUAUGACUAUACUGUGUAAAGAAGUUUAUAUGUAUAAUCGUCAUAAAUUUAGAUCUCAUGUCUCCGUUAAUUUAUCAGAUGUCACUAUUUAUUUUGUAAUGUAUUCUUUAUCAUGCUUGUGAUUAUUUCCUACUAUAUGCUUAUCAAUAUAAUUGGAAGUAUGUAUUUUGUUCUAUCGAGCAAUUCCCAUAUUGAUGCAUUAUGCCUAACCUUUCCAAUAACAAAAAUCUAUCUUUAUAUAGUAAUUCAACGACAAACAUUUUUGGUGAUCUGCUCUAAUCUUUGGCAUGCUGUAUAUUUAUAUUUCACAGUGGACAAUAUUACACUAUUUUAAAGUGUUAUUGUGUAAUUGAAUUCACAUCCAUGGUGCCUCAACAUCAUUUGGAUAGCUAUAUAUCUGCAAGUUAUUCUUUUUGUACAUGCUUAUCUUCUUCAUAUGUAUUGUUCCUAUAUUAUUUAUGCAAAAUUGUAUACUACUUUUCUUUGAAUUAUACCUCCUUAGAUUGCCAUGAAGAAAUAGUAUAUUCUAUUUUCUUUGAUUUUAUUGUUGCUAAUAAAAAGCCUUUUAGAUCGGUGAAUGUAGACCCUCACAUUAACUAUAUAAUCGCACCUUCUGAAGUUUCUAACUGUUUGUACAUGGCCCCAGUCUUCCAAUGAUAAUGACGACCAAUUGACCAUAGGUUGAGAUAUUGGUUCUACCGUUCAGGUUAGUAGUUAAGUAGCUCCUUUCCUUGAAUCUUCUUUGCAAUGAUAAUGAAGGACAGAAAUAGAUUCUGGAUUAUUUCUGUAUAUACUGAUUGCCAUUGAAGAAAGAAAACCUACACGUUUAUAUGUAUAAUUAUCCCUUGAAAGAAUCAAAAUUAAAUUAAGAUGCACAGCCUAUGUAAAUUCCAGAUUUUAAUGUUAAUUUCUUUUAAUGAUGAACAACCAUCGACAUAUAGAAAUCUUGAGUUUUCGACAGUUCAAUAAAAAGUAGCAUUGUUUUGUUUUCAUUUUCAUUUUACUAACCAACGAGCAUUUGUUCACAAUCUGUUAUGUCUAUGCUCUAAGUUGUUUGUUGAGAAAAACUUGGUUUCCGUUAUGGAUAAAUCAAAGGCAAUCUCCUGAACCAAAUAUCGUUCAGGUUACCUACCAUUGUUCUCUUAGAUGGUCUUCAAUAUUGUGUACUGUAGUUUGUCUCAUUUAUGUAUUUCUUUAGAGGUGGUGCACUAUCAUAAAUUAUAUUGAGUUUUGUCUAAUAUUUUAUGAGUUCUCUGAUGGAGCAUGUGAGGUUAAUGGAGACUGUGUCUCCUUCGCUGCUAAGGAUGAGGUCACCUCCCUUUAUUUACAUAUUUUCCUGUCUGUGUUUCAGGCAUUCAACCUUCAACAUAUAGGACAUGUGUUGUGUUGCUGUCCCAUGUCCUGAGAUGGACCAGCAAAACAAUCUCCAUGUUUGUAUUACUAACGCAUGAGCACCUCCGAAAAUGAGUGGUCCUUAGGGCAAUCUGGCAUGUGAGAUGGGAAGCAAGCCACACGGAAAUUUGUGCAGGAGUUCAUGAACUCAGGGUCCUAAGUAAUCAUAGGAGGAGUCAUGGGUUAUGACGAGCUACAGGUCCACUUCAUAGAUGGAUUCAGCGAAUAUAAAUGCAGCUGUGCGGAAGACCUGACGAUAGCGUGUCUGCUCUGACACUUUGAUUUGGAACAACCAAGACUGAAUGUGUAACUGAUUUAUAUAUUUU